CACUUUAGCAUCUUCAGCGCUACUAAACCGACUAUGCACUGUACACUCCCCCACUUAAACCCUUCUGCUAAACAUAUCCAGAGGACCAGAAUAGAAGCUGUAGAAACCCUUCAUCCAUGGCCGCAAAACGACACUGUUAACAACCCAACCCUGUCGCAUUUUCCAUUUCCAAUGCUUUCCCCUGAGUUGCCUCAAAUGUCGAAACCCUAUGCCAGAACAAGGCCCUCUUCCUGGGUCGCCGACGGACUGCUUUUCUUCGGCGGCGCAUUUAUCGCUCUUCUCCUCCUCCUCACUCUCUGGACCUUCGUAACCCCUUCUUCUAUCCCCAAUUUCAACCGCACAGUCGCUCCGCCGCCGACCGCUGCUGAAGCCGAUCAAUGCGCUGACGACUCUGACCUGCGGCGGGAUCCCCGGAACCGGACCUUCUACGAUGACCGGGAGGUCCGGUACACGCUCGGGCAGCCGGUUCGGGACUGGGACGAGAAGCGGCGGCAGUGGCUGCUGCACCACCCGUCGUUGGCGGCGGGAGCGGGUGAAAGGAUUCUGAUGGUGACGGGAUCCCAGCCGUCCGCGUGUAAAAAUCCUAUCGGCGAUCAUCUCCUCCUGAGAUUCUUCAAGAACAAGGUGGACUACUGUAGAAUCCACGGCCACGAAAUCUUCUACAACAACGCAUUGCUGCACCCGCGGAUGGGGAACUACUGGGCCAAGCUCCCCGUAAUCCGGGCCGCCAUGGUGGCCCACCCGGAGGCCGAGUGGAUCUGGUGGGUCGACUCGGACGCGUUGUUCACCGAUAUGGAGUUCAAGCUCCCGCUGGACCGGUACAAAAACCACAACUUCAUCGUCCACGGGUGGACCCACCUGGUAACGGAGACGCACAGCUGGACCGGGCUCAAUGCAGGUGUGUUCUUAAUCCGGAACUCCCAGUGGACCAUGGAUUUCCUCGAGGUGUGGGCCAGCAUGGGCCCGCAGACCCCGGAGUACGAGAAGUGGGGGGAGACCCUCCGGUCAACGUUCAAGGACAAGGCGUUCCCGGAGUCGGACGAUCAGACGGGGCUGGCUUACUUGAUCUACAAGGAGAAGGAGAAAUGGGGGGACAAGAUUUAUCUGGAGAGCGAGUAUUAUUUCGAAGGGUACUGGGCGGAGAUCGUGGGGACGCUGGAUAAGAUCGAGGCCAGGUACGAUGAGAUAGAGAGAGGGGAGGAGGACAAUGCGGUGCGUUUAAGGAGGAGGCACGCGGAAAAGGUGAGCGAGCAGUACGGUGCGUAUAGGGAGGAGUACUUGGGUGAGGCGGGGUACGGGAAGGGGAGCUGGAGGCGGCCGUUCGUCACGCACUUUACGGGAUGCCAGCCGUGCAGCGGAAUGCACAACGAGAUGUAUUCCGGGGAGUCAUGCUGGGACGGGAUGCGGAAGGCGUUGAAUUUCGCGGAUAACCAGGUGCUCCGUAAAUAUGGGUACGUGCACGCGAGCACAGGGGAUAGUGCGGCCACUCCGGUGCCGUUUGAUUACCCGGCCGAGUUUUGAAAAGGUAAAGAUUGGCAUAUAGCUUUUGUUUGAUUGCUUUUGUUUAUUCGGCUUUUGUAAAAGCUGGAUUUAUUAGUCACUUACUUAUGCUGUUGGAUUCAUUGGAUGAUGAAAGCUCUUGACUGAUUUGUUGACUAAAUGGUAUACAUGGCACCUUGGAAAGUGACUAAA